GAAAUUAUUAUAUGAUUAUCAUGUCUCCUCUCCUGAUUAGUUUAAUCCCAUCCCAAGAUUCCCAUCUUUUUCCUCCUAAUGUUCAUCAAGUCUUUGAUCUUUCAUCAGAUUCGCAGAUUGCGCUGCAGCACCACCGGAUUCCGCCUCCGCUGCCACCUUCCUUGAUUUCCUCUGCUCAUGGGAACCCCUUACCCGAACCCCAUCACUCCUGCCCAAACCCAGAUCGGGUGGAUCGGUAUUGGCUUAAUGGGUGCAGCCAUGGCCUCUCGCCUCCUCUCCGCCGGCUACUCCCUCACCAUCUACGCUCGCACUCCGUCCAAAGCCCUCUCACUCCAAUCCCAGGGCGCCCGCCUCGCCGAAUCCCCGUUUGAAGUUGCAAAAUCCUGCGACGUUGUUUUCACCAUUGUGGGACACCCGCCGGAUGUUCGACAAGUUAUCUUGGAGACAAACGGCGUCCUUUCAGGCCUAAACCCGAACGGUGUCACGGUGGAUAUGACCACCAAUCUACCCUCCAUGGCACGAGAGAUAUCUGCUGCCGCGCGCGCCAGAGAUUGCUGGGCUGUGGAUGCCCCAGUUUCUGGGGCGGACGUGGGUGCUAGGGAGGGAAAACUUGGAAUAUUUGCCGGCGGAGAUGCCGGAGUUGUGAAGUGGUUGACGCCGUUGUUUGACAUCAUGGGAAAUGUUACCUACAUGGGGGAAGCCGGGUGCGGUCAGAGUUGCAAAAUAGGAAACAACAUCGUGGGCGGAGUGGGGUUGGUUGGGUUGAGUGAAGGGCUGGUGUUUGCGGAGCGGGCGGGGUUGGAUUUGAAGCAAUUUUUGGAGGCGGUGAGAGGAGGGGCGGCGGGGUCAACGCUGAUGGAGUUGUUUGGGGAGAAAAUGAUAGAGAGGGACAUGAGGCCUGGCGGGUUUGCAGAGUAUUUGGUGAAGGAUUUGGGGAUGGGAGUGGAUGUGGUGGAGGAGGAGGAGGAUGGGAGGGUGGUGGUGCUGCCAGGGGCGGCGUUGAGUAAGCAGAUGUAUUCAGCGAUGGUGGCUAAUGGGGAUGGGAAGCUUGGCAUUCAUGGGGUUAUCUCUGUUAUUGACAGGCUCAAUGGCAACAUUAGCAAAUGACUUGUAAUAUUUUUGUUGUUUGUUGAAUAAGCCGUUGGGGAAAGAAUUACCAUCUGGGAAUGUGAUUCUUUUGUGAUUAGCAUCUAUAAUAAUUUUGUGCCUUUAUAAUCUCAUUCUUCCCACAUAGCCAUAACCCCAACUUCCUGUAAACUCUCUCCCUUUCGGACCUCUAUUCGACACGAUUUGUCAUGACUUUA